UCUCCCUCUCUCGCUAUAAAUAUAAAGCAAGCUCUCUCUCCAUAUCCUCAGACAAAAGCUAACUACCACUUGUACCCCUUUGUUUUAACUUUUAAGUACUCUUAACCCUACAAUUUAAUAAGCUUCCAAGCAAAAAAAAAAAGCUUCAAAGGUUUAAGUUUUUCUUUCUUCUAUAUAUGAUCAUCAUCAAAACCCUUCUCUCUAACUCAUAGCAGAAACUAUUCCUUUCUUCCCCUAAAAACACAGAGAAAUAUAUAGGAGAGUGUGAUGGGAAGACCACCAUGCUGUGACAAGAUUGGAGUGAAGAAAGGGCCAUGGACACCAGAAGAAGACAUAAUCUUGGUUUCUUACAUUCAAGAACAUGGCCCUGGAAACUGGAGAUCUGUGCCUACUCACACAGGUCUGAGGAGAUGUAGUAAAAGCUGUAGAUUGAGGUGGACUAAUUACCUUAGACCUGGGAUUAAGCGUGGAAAUUUCACCGAGCAUGAAGAGAAGAUGAUUCUCCAUCUCCAAGCCCUUUUGGGCAACAGGUGGGCAGCUAUUGCAUCUUACCUUCCAGAAAGGACAGACAAUGAUAUAAAGAACUAUUGGAACACACAUUUGAAGAAAAAGCUCAAGAAGAUGAAUGAUUCUUGUGAUAGUACUAUCAAUAAUGGAGUCGAUAAUAAAGACUUGUCUUCAUCAAACAAAAACACUAGUUCACGUCAAAACAGCGGCUCCAACAAAGGUCAAUGGGAGAGAAGGCUUCAGACAGAUAUAAACAUGGCUAAACAAGCUCUUUGUGAUGCCUUGUCUCUUGACAAACCACAAAACCCUACUAAUUUCUCUAUUGCCGAUCUUGGUUAUGGUUCAUCAUCUUCUUCUUCCUCUACCACCACCACCACCACCACCACAAGCAACACUAAUCCAUACCCAUCUGGUGUCUACGCUUCAAGCGCCGAGAAUAUUGCUCGUUUGCUUCAGAACUUCAUGAAAGACACACCAAAGACGACCUUGUUGCCCUCGCCAGUUGCAGCCACCGAGAGGGCUACCACCACGGCGGCUUCGAGCCCUAGCACGACUGAAGAAGGCGGAGAAGGGUUUGAUCAGACUCUAUUCAACUUCAACUCCAUGGAUGAAGUUGAAGACAAGCCCAAGCUAAUAGACCAUGACAUUAAUGGUCUAAUUACACAAGGGUCUCUUUCGUUGUUUGAGAAAUGGCUCUUUGAUGAGCAAAGCCACGACAUGAUCACUAAUAACAACAUGUCAUUAUUAGAAGGUCAAGAAGUGUUGUUCUAGGAAGAAAAAAAGUUUGACGAUUUACUUGACGGAGGAGGAGGCUAAGCUAUAAACAAAUUGUAUAAUUAGUACUCUUUAGUUUUGUUUUAAUCCUUAAUUAUGUUUCAUAUUGCAGUAAUUAGGGGUUUUGGAGUCUUAAGUACUUAACUUUAACACGGUUCUCUCUCUUUCUUUUUCAAUGUGGAGAUGUUAUCUUUAAUUUUUGUUUUUCUUCCUGUUUGUUGACGUGGAGCUGAUAUAUUCUAUCAUGUAGUAGAAACUCAAAAGUGGACAUCAUUUUUAUUAAUGUAACGUUGUUAUAUAUUGUGGCUCAUUUGUUUAUACAUAUUCAUGUCACUUUAUCAAUGUUUAUAAA